CAGCCACAGUGCAGGGUUGUGGCUAGUAGCGUGUUAGUUCAUUGCAUUUGCAAAAGGGCAUGGUGAUCAUUAGUGAGGCCAUUAGCUGUUUCCUGGAAAUGUCUCUUUAUUAUUUCAGCUGAAGUCUUCAAACCAACCAUGAAUUGGGCUUCGUUUUAUGCUGUGAUCAGUGGUGUGAACCGGCAUUCGACAGGUAUUGGACGCAUCUGGCUGUCCGUCAUCUUCAUCUUCCGUAUCAUGGUGCUGGUAGUGGCAGCUGAAAGCGUGUGGGGAGACGAGAAGUCUGGAUUUACCUGCAACACUCAGCAGCCUGGUUGCAACAGCGUGUGCUACGACCAGUUCUUCCCCAUUUCUCACAUCCGUCUCUGGGCUCUGCAGCUCAUUCUGGUGUCCACACCAGCCUUGCUGGUCGCCAUGCAUGUCGCACAUCGGCGGCACAUAGAGAAAAAGAUCCUCAAGAUGUCCGGUCGGGGAAGUGAAAAGGAAUUUCAGACCAUAAAGAUCCAGAAGUUUAAGAUCUCUGGUGCUCUGUGGUGGACUUACAUGAUAAGCAUCAUUUUCCGCAUCAUUUUUGAGGUGGUUUUCUUGUACAUUUUUUACUUAAUCUAUCCAGAUAUCAAGAUGGUUCGUCUUGUGAAGUGUGACUCCUACCCCUGUCCCAAUACAGUGGACUGUUUUGUGUCCCGUCCUACAGAGAAAACCAUUUUUACUAUCUUCAUGCUGACAGUGUCUGGAGUUUGUGUCUUGCUGAACAUUGCAGAGGUUAUGUAUUUAAUAGGUCGGGCAUGUAUCAAAUAUUUUCAAGGAGCUGUAAGUCAACCUAAAGGACCUUGGCUCACUCAAAAACUGGGAACCUACAAGCAGAAUGAAAUAAAUCAGCUGAUAUCAGAGCACUCAAUCAAGCCUAGAUUCAAUGUUGGACGGAAACCUCCCACAGAAAAGAAUGAGCGCUGCUCUGCUUUCUAAACUGUUGUCAGCCUCAGAGGUUUCAUCCAACUAUCAGUAAUUAAUGAAAUGGGAAUGUCUAUAAUCAUAUUAAUAUAUUCUGAUUGAUUUACUUUUGCUCUGUGUGUUUAGUGCAUGGCUUCUCAACUCUGGUCCUCAAGGUCCACUUUUCUGCAGAGUUUAGCUCCAACCCUAAUCAAACUCACCUGAACCAGCUAAUCAAGUUCUUCAGGAUCACUAGAAAGCUACAGGCAGGUGAGCUUAAUCAAGGUUUAAGCUGAACUGUGCAGGAAAAUGCACCUCGAGGGCCAGAGUUGAAAACCCCCGUUUUAGUGGCCCCUCUACAUGUGAGAAGUGAUCAUGGGGAAAUAUAUGCUGGAGAACUGAAAUAUUACAAGUAUACAUCUUUUCCCAAAAAGCAAAAGAGAUGGGAGGACUAACAGGGCGGUCACAAUUGUGCGCAGAUGAAUGGCUUCAGAUCUUUGCCUUGUAAAUGGCGCCUAAUUAAUGUCAUUAACAUAUAAAAUAGCAUCAGUCAACGUCCAAAUCCUUUACUUGAGAAUGGUGAGCAGCAAGAAUUGCUUAGAUUUCCAAAUACCUGCAGUAUACCGACUCUCUACCAAAAGGAAAAGCGCGUAUGUCUGCUUAGACCCUGAUGCGGCAUUAAGCACUUUUCCAUGUCGAAGACCAUUUUUAUAAAUCUGAACGUUGGCAUGGAUUUUUGCUAACACUCUAAGUUCAAAUCUGUGCAUACUCACAUUUUAUAAAUGAGGCCCCAGAUUCCAUUCACAUAAACUUGCAAGGCUCACUGUGUUGUAUGAAAGCGGAGUAGAUUGUAUGUAAUACUAUUUUUAUUAUGUUAUUUAAAAUGUAUUAUUUAUUGAUAACAGUACCCCUCGACUCUACCUAGGACAAGCAGCUGAAAAAAAUAUGGAUGAAUGGAUGAAAACAGAAAUCCUAGAGUAGCGGUCAGCAUAAUUGAGCAGAGGGAUAAUUAUAGAAGCACGCUAUAACUGAUAUUUUGACUGUCUAAUAUACUGUGUAGUAUAUUAGACCCCCCACCCCCUUAAGAAUGCCAUAUUGACAAAAUAGACAUUUUUGAUUGUGUUUAUCUUUAUGUUUGAAAUACAAAUGUGCAUAGAUUUUUGGCUUAAAAUUUAAUCAAAUUGCCACUUUACAUUUUUAGUAGUUUCUUUUAUUUUCUUGUGAAAUUUAAAUGAUUUGUGAAAAUGGUGGUCUGAAAAUGUAGAAUAUUUCAUUCAAUUUUUCCAUUUGUAGUUUUAUUUUAGUUAGAUGUUUAUUUAAAGGGCAUUUUCUUAAUCUUGUCUGUCUUGCAAAACUUUGCAAGCACAUAUUUGUUGAAAAGACCAAACAAAUAGACUUGAAGCUGCAUCAUAUUUAUUUGAUUCUAAAUGCUUCUUAGUCUCACAAUGUAAAGUUAAACUAGCUAUCACAGCCUUAUCUAACACACCUUUCAUGAGUCAUACAAUCAUUAGGAAAUAAUUUUCUUUGCAGGACUUGAUGCUUGCAAAUCCUUGAUGCAGCUUUUUGCUUGUUAUAUCAACUUUGUCAUUAAAAGAAAUGCAUUAUAUUGUACAUUUAAUACGACCAUUUUAACUUCUCAAUGUCCAUGUAUUCCAAUGAUUUCAUGAUUCCGGUAAAGGGGUUAAUUAUUUAAAAAUAAACAAAUAUAAAUAAAUCUAUUUUAAAGACUUUACCAACUGUACUGAUUGUACAAAUGAAAUGUGUGAUCACAGUUGUUUUCUGCACAGCCCAAAUAUUAGGAAAGGGAUAGAAAUGCUUUACAUUAUUCAGGUCAGUCAUGAUAUGUGUAGGCUACUUUUUUUUAAACUGUCAUAACAGAGUGUUUUUUUUUUGUUUGUUUUUUUAAACCAUGUCUUUACUAGCACUGCUCUUGAAUCAGCUCAGGAUUUUCUCAUUGGCAAACGACUCUCACUUUCAGUAGCUUAUAAGUGGGGGUGUUUGGACUACAUUUGAGCAUGUUCUGAACCAAAUUUAACCCUCAGAAUGAAUAGGAAAACUUUGAACAUGAUCAUUUUAUGUCAUUGCUCACACAAAGAUAGCGCAAAUCAUUGUUUUUUGGGCCUGUUUUCAGUGUGAAUGAGCCAUACACAACUGGGGCCUCAUGUAUAAAACUUUCCAUAGAUUUCAUCCUAAAAGUGUGCAUACGCACAAAGGCCGGAUUUUGCGUAUGCACAAUCUGCGCACAUUUUUAGUUUUAUAAAACCACGCUUACGCCACAACCUGCACAAAAUUCCUUUUUUAAAACUCAGUCAGAGAAUGAUUAUGCGUACAUGCAUCUCCACCCCAUCUCCUCCCCGAAAUAACCAUAUAUGGAGCUUACAACGCCUAGAUUUACUAUGCAUAACGUCAUCUGCAUUUCAUUUCAGUCCCAUCCACGUGAUACCGUUUAACGAUAUUAAGAAAAUAUGAGUCUAAAUGCCAUUUGUGCCAUCACAUUACAUUACUAAAAAUCAUUCAGUAACCUUGUUUUAGAAUAAAUAGCUAAAUCAAAUAAAUCAUUAAUUGUAUAAAAUACUGUUCAUAGAAAGUUUUUAGAGAAUGGUUAUUCUCAUUCUUUUCCACUGGCCAAAUGUGACCCUGGACCACAAAACCAGUCAUAAGGGUCCAUUUUUUGAAAUUAAGAUUUCCAAGCUUUCCAUUGAUGUAUGGUUUGUUAGGAUAGGACUAUAUUUGGCCGAGAUACAACUAUUUGAAAAUCUGGAAUCUGAGGGUGCAAAAAAAAAAAAAAAAAAUCCAAAUAUUGAGAAAAUCGCCUUCAAAGUUGUCCAAAUGAAGUUCUUAGCAAUGCAUAUCUACUCACAAAAAUAAUUUUUUUAUAUAUUUACGGUAAAAUUUACAAAAUAUCUUCAUGGAACAUAAUCUUUACUUAAUAUCCUAAUGAUUUUUGGCAUAAAAGAAAAAUCGAUAAUUUUGACCCAUACAAUCUAUUGUUGGCUUUUGCUACAAAUAUACCUGUACGACGUAUGACUAGUUUUGUGGUCCAGGGUUACAAAUAGUAUUUUUAAUUGUUCUAAACAAAUCAAAUUUAUGCAAUUUUGCCUAUAAGGUAAACAUAUAUGUUAGGAUGUUUAUAUUUUUUUAAUAGAAACAAAUAGGCCUUAUUUUUGCAUGGUAAAUUAUUGACUAACUCAUCACUGACAAAACAUUUUAAAAAUAAAACGUGUAUCUUACUGUUUCCUUCAAACUCUAUCCUUCAAAUGAUGGUAUUUUUUUAUGAUAUUGGAAAGACCACGAGUCAUUAGACUGUCUGUCUGUACAGUAUGUGCAGCAGAGGUUGUACAUACUGUCAUCGGACUUAUUCAAACCGGCCAAUGGACUGUUCAAUCACCAAGCGAGUGUCAUUAUGCCAUUAUGUUGCUACGCCAUCUGCUUAGACUGAGUGAAGUGAAAUUAAAGAAAUUAAAGCAGAAUUAUCAUGCGCCAAGCAAUCUUCGCUAGUUUAAACAUUAAAAUACAGCAUGCCAGAGGAACUGUUCAAAAGCAGUCCACUACAUGUACAUUUAAAUUAUAUAAAAAUGUUGUAACUUCUGGAUAAUGAUUUCAUGUAAUUUCAGUGCUUAAUGAGAGUGGCAUAUUUAAUCUAAAUGUAGAAAUGGAAAUGUUCAAAUGGAAAACAGAUUUAAAAUAGUUGUUUACUUCAUUAGGCUACUUCGCUCACUUCAAUAAAAGAGUGUGUAUGCAUGGUCUAGAGUGUCCGUACGGCGUGCAC